UUUCUUUGAUUACUCUCUUCUUGUACACAGACCCAAUAAAAAAGUAAGGCUCAUACGAAGUCUCCCUCCGGUCACCCAGACCUUCCGGCGCCACCUCAGCGUAUCUAGAUCUAACCCUUCCCGCCGACGUCACCCAUUUUUCCUUUGCUUAAAAAGAUUCAAAGCGGUGAUUUUUGUGUCGGAAUUUAUUUUCCGAGUACGAACUGGAAAGAAAGACAAGGGAAAUCAAAAGCAUAGACAAUGAUACUCGGACAAAGAAGGAGCCUCACAAAACCCCUGCAAAACCUCGUCCGCUUCCUCACAACCCACCCCAACCCGCCAUCCCCGGUGAACCAGGCCCACCUCCUCCGCGUCUGCACCAUCCUCUACCAGCAGCAGAACUCGCCCGAGUCACGUCUCCACUCCAAUCUCAACUCCCUCAGCUUCAAUCUCACCCACGAGUUCUUCCUCCAGGUCUGCAACAACUUCCCACUCUCAUGGCGACCCGUCUAUCUCUUCUACCAGUACACCCAGACCAAUCCCAGUUUCACCCACACCGCCGUAUCACUGAACAAAAUGGUCGACGUCGUCGGAAAGUCCCGGAACAUGGAGCUGUUCUGGGACUUGGUUAAUGAGAUGGGACGGCGCCGUUUGGUGAAUGACAGGACUUUUGUUAUUGGGUUGAGGACUCUGGCCAAGGCCAGAGAGUUGAACAAGUGUGUGGAGUUUUUUCAUGUGAUGAGUGGGUGUGGGAUUGAGUGUAAUGUGGAGACUUUGAACAAGGUGAUCAAGAGUCUUUGUGGGUUGAAACUUGUUGAAGAGGCCAAGUUUGUGGUGUUUAAGUUGAAGGAGAGGAUUAGGCCUGAUGAGGUUACUUUUAAGUGUUUGAUUCAAGGGUUUUGUGAUGUGGGGGAUUUGGUUGAGGCUUCCAAGAUUUGGAAUUUGAUGGUGGAUCAAGGGUUUGAUCCUUGCGUUGGUGCUGUUGACAAGAUGAUGGAGACUCUUUUCAAGACGAAUCGGGAUGCUGAGGCGAUGAAGCUGUUCCAGAUGAUGAGGUUGAAGAGGAUGGAGGAGUUGGGGCUUUCGAGUUAUAGGCUCGUGAUUGAGUGGAUGUGUAAGAAGGGGAAGGUGGAGAAUGCACAUGUGGUUUAUGAUGAAAUGCGCAAGAGAGGGAUCAAAGCAGAUAACUUGACAUGGGGGUCGCUGGUUUAUGGUCUUUUGUCGAGAAGGAGAGUAAAUGAAGCUUAUGGGAUUGUGGAAGGGAUUGAGAAGCCGGAUAUCAGUGUGUACCAUGGCUUGAUGAAGGGGCUGUUGAGGUUAAAAAGGCCGGGGGAAGCGACACAAGUGUUUAGGGAGAUGAUCAAGAGGGGGUGUGAGCCUAACAUGCACACAUAUGUCAUGUUAUUGCAAGGGCAUUUGGGAAAGAGAGGGAGGAAGGGAAAGGAUCCGCUUGUGAAUUUCGACACCAUUUUUGUUGGGGGUUUGGUUAAGGCAGGGAAGUCAUUGGAAGCCACCAAGUAUGUGGAGAGAGCGACUAAAAGAGGGCUUGAGGUGCCUAGAUUUGAUUAUAACAAGUUUUUGCAUUACUACUCGAACGAGGAAGGGGUGGCAAUGUUUGAGGAGGUGGGGAAGAAAUUAAGGAAGGCCGGAAUGGUUGAUUUGGCGGAUAUUUUCCAGAGAUAUGGGGAGAAAAUGGCGACGAGAGAUAGAAGAAGAGAUAGAGUUGUCGAGCCAUUAGUAGAGCGUUCAUAACCUCAUGUAUUAGGCUAAUAGGUUGUGGGAUGUUUCUGAAUGAUAUACUAUUUCUCAUGAAACUCGACUUCAUGAAGUCUCAUAUAUACUGUUUCUGAAUGAUAUAUUCUUGUGCAUCAAUCGU